AUGUUGCUCAGAAACAUCGCUACACCGCUGGGUGGCCUGUUGGCCUUCUGUCCCUCUUCAUCAUUCGCUCAAAACACUCCUUGUCAGACCACCACGGUGCAAGCAUCAGUGCCGACCAGCUCCAACGUCGCCCUCAACUCCUACUCGUACUGUGGCGGUAACCUGGAUGUCUCUGUCUACAUCGCCAAUGUCAACUACAACAAAGUGGUCACUCUGUAUUACACGGAUAGCCAAGGUGUUUCUACACCCUUGACAUCACUCGCACUCGGCUACAAUUCCAGCAUCCCAAACACCAAUUAUGAGUUUUGGAGUGCAAACACCCCGGUCUAUCUGGAUGGCAUCACUGAGUUGCUCAACCUGACUUACGUAGCCAAGGAUAUCGGUCAGACCUAUGUCCAACAACUGCAGCUCCCCGUCAAAGCUAGCGGCAAUGCCCCUCCUUCUCCUGCAGCUAUCCCAGCACCAUAUGCAACUCCAAACGGCUUUGCUGACGACAUUACUUCAUGGUUGGCUCCCACGAACGGCUCACAAGCCGACUUUUCCAAGUCGCGCAUGUUCCUGAAUAUCAACCCUGAUAUCGAUGGUGCUGCUAAGGGCACUGUGGUCGCUGCUCGAUCCGGACCUUCGUACGAUCAGAAGCUUCCGGACUACGAGUAUGACUGGGUCCGUGAUUCUUCGCUAACUAUGGAUGUUGUCCGAUCCCUCUACGCUGCAUCAACAGUCGACAAGUUUACCCGCAAGUACAAGGAUGCCAUGUUCCACUACGCUGAAGGUAGAGCGGUCGAACAGAACGACCCCUCCCUCACCUUCGCUGGUCUUGGAGAGCCCAAGUUCUACCUGAACAACACCGCUUUUACUGGUCCCUGGGGUCGCCCUCAGAACGAUGGCCCCGCCACUGCAGCCAUCACGCUUAUGGACUUUGCCAAUGACUACAUGGAGAAAGGUGGAAGUUUGUCCUCGGUUCGCGACCGCAUCUGGAACUCAACAGCCAAUCCUCUGAAGGCGCCAGUCAUGAAGGACCUGUUGUUUGUGGCCAGCAAUUGGAGCUCGCCCAGCUUUGAUCUGUGGGAAGAGGAGGAAAGUACACACUUCUAUACCCGCCUCGUCCAGCGACGUGCUCUGGUCAUGGGUGCCAAGUUUGCAACCAUGUUCGGUGAUUCGGCAACCAGCAACACCCUCUCGUCGGCAGCCACUCAGCUUACUGCUACACUUGACCAGUUCUGGAGCCCGAACAGGAAGCUAAUUCUUUACGAAUACGGCCCUGUAUUGGCCGGCAAGAAUUCAUUCAUCGACAUUGCUGUUAUUCUUGGUGUUAUCCAUGGAUAUGCUGGCGAUGGCGUAUACUCGUACACCAACGACAGAGUCCUUGCUUCAGCUCUGAAGAUCUCGACAAGCUUCCUCGACGUCUACCCGAUCGCCAAGACAGUUCAGGAUUCGAAGAGUCUCCCCCUCGGCAUCCCAAUUGGCCGCUACCCCGAGGACGUCUACAACGGUGUAGGAACUUCACCAAAUGGAGGCAACCCAUGGUAUCUGACCACUGCUACCAUGGCCCAAUACCUUUACUCAGUUGCAUCUGAGUAUCAGAACGCGGGUAGUCUGACAGUCAACAAUGUUACUGCGCCAUUCUUCGCCUACUACGCACCAAAAGCUGGCCUGAAGUCAAGGACCUACUCCUCGGAUACCAAAGAGUUCGCCUCAGUAAUUGCAAGCCUGAAGGGCUGGGGCGAUGCCUAUAUCCGUCGCAUCAAGUAUCACACACCAGCCGGUGGUAACCUAGCCGAAGAGUUCAACCGCAACGACGGCCACGCCCAAGGAGCAUACGACUUGACCUGGAGUUAUGCUUCACUCCUUACCGCUGCCUUUGCUCGUGCCUCGUUGUCGGGCGAUGGAAGUUACGUCCAGAAGAUUGCAGCUCUCGCAUAUGAAUAG